CCCUCCCUUCCCUCGUUUUCUGCUCUUUAACCCUUCCCCUCACAACUUUCCUCUCCUCUCUCUCUAACCCUUCCUUUUCUCUCUCUUACUCUUUUUCAAUUCCAUUUCUACCCUCGCCUCGCUCUCCGAUUCCCUCUCACUCUCCCUCAAAAGUCGAAAACCUCCAUGUCCGGCGGAGCUCGCGCCUCCGCUCGUCCCACGCCGCCGCAUCCACCUCCUCCUCCGUCUGCCAUAUCGUCACCAGCAUCGGCCGGUCCUUCGAUUGUUCCGCCGAUACGCCGCCACCUCGCCUUCGCCUCGACCAAGCCGUCGUUUGUUCAUCCCGAUGAUUAUCACAGAUUUUCCUCUAACAAUAAUAAUAAUUAUCCUAACAACGGUUUAACCAGCGCUAGUAAUGCCCGUGGAGCAGUCGCCUAUCAAGAAGUUGAAGCGAUUGUUGUGAGAUCUCCGCAAUUUAAAAGGAAGAGCACAGUGAACAAAAAUGAAGUUGAGUCUAGCCAUUGGACUUCCAGUCCAGGAGUUAGCAGCAUAUCCAACAGCCCCUUCAAGACACCUGUAUCUGCUAAAGGAGGAAGGUUAAAUAAUAGAUCAAAGGCCUCAAAGGCCAAUAAAUCUACUCCUCAAACACCUAUGUCAAAUGCUGGUUCUCUAUCUCCUCUUACUCCUGCUGGCAGCUGUCGUUAUGACAGUUCUUUAGGUCUGUUGACGAAAAAGUUCAUCAAUCUGAUCAAGCAUGCUGAAGAUGGUAUGCUUGACCUAAAUAAGGCUGCAGAAACAUUGGAGGUGCAAAAGAGGAGGAUAUAUGACAUAACGAAUGUCUUGGAAGGCAUUGGUCUUAUUGAAAAGAAGCUCAAAAAUAGAAUACAUUGGAAGGGUGUUGAUGCUUCAAGGCCUGGAGAAGCAGAUGGUGAUGUCUCCAUAUUACAGGCAGAAAUUGAAAACCUUUCCUUUGAAGAAAACAGAUUAGAUGAUCAUAUAAGAGAAAUGCAGGAAAGAUUGAGGGAUUUGAGUGAAAAUGAGAACAAUCAGAGGUGGCUUUUUGUGACUGAAGAAGACAUCAAGGGUAUACCUUGCUUUCAGAAUGAAACCCUAAUAGCAAUUAAAGCUCCACAUGGAACAACUCUGGAAGUACCUGAUCCUGAUGAAGCUGUUGACUACCCACAAAGGAGAUACAGGAUAAUCCUCAGAAGCACAAUGGGUCCCAUUGAUGUUUACCUAGUCAGCCAAUUUGAGGAGAAAUUUGAAGAGUUGAAUGGUGUUGAGCCACCUGUGAGGCUCCCACUUGCUUCGAGCUCUGGCUCUAAUGAAAACCAAGUUGAGUUGGUCAACAUGGACAGCACCAGAAAGGAGGUUGAACCAUAUGCUCAAACUCACCAAAUGGGCUCUGACAUUAAUGCUUCACAGGAGUCUGUUGGGGGAAUGAUGAGAAUUGUUCCUUCAGAUGUUGACAAUGAUGCAGAUUAUUGGCUUCUAUCGGAUGCUGAUGUUAGCAUUACGGAUAUGUGGAAGACAGACUCAGGUGUUGAAUGGAGUGGGGUAGAUGUGCUUCAUGCUGACUUUGGAAUGGCUGAUGUCAGUACCCCAAGGCGAGAAAGUUCGCCAUCCAGGAUGACUGAAGUUCCAUCUUCUGAUUUUAACUCAACCCAUAGGUAACAUUAAUUUUCCCGACCGAGUACCGAAAAGAAUUGCCAGCACCCCUAUAUUUAAUUUACAUGGAUCACUUGGGGGCGCAGUUGAGCAAAUUUUCCUAACCCGUGGUUUAGUUACCCAAAUAAAAGUGUUGCCAUUGGAAUUCUGGAUUAGAUGGGUGUUGAAGACGGAAUAAAUGCAGUGGACCAACACAUGGUUGACACUGUCUCAUUAUAGGACCAUUAACAUCCCUUUGUUGUUGUGAGUUGCUUCGUUAGUCAGUUUGA